AUGCAAAAAGAGAAAUUUCUCGGUUACCUUCAAGCCCCGGCAUGGACCGAUGACGAUGACGGUCGUUUACAGAUCUCCCUUCAAGGUGCACAGCGAUUAAAAAAGUUACGGAAAUCCGAAGAGGAAGACAUUGUCAGCGGUCAAGAAUAUGAACGCCGAUUACGCCAACAGUUUGCUCGCAUUUAUCCACGUCCCGCUUGGGCCAAACUUCCUUCAGAAAAGAAGCUCGAAUCGAAAAAACGCAAAGCAGAGGCAGGCGAGUAUGAAGAUUCAGAUGCUUCGGACCAGUCGGACGACGAUCAGUUGGACGAGGAGGAACGAAUCGAUUUGUUAAAGAGCACUUAUGGUAUCUUGGAACGACGAGGCACCCGACAAUUGCUGUCGUCGAAACAUAUUGAUAUGAUCCGAAUGAAAAAUGCAAAUCAAAUGGCACCUACAAAGGGUCCAAUUAUGAGUCUUGGUUUCCAUCCCAACGCUCAAGUGAUGAUGACGGGUGGUCUCGACAAGACAUUACGAUUAUUCCAGGUCGAUGGUCGUGUGAAUCCGAAAAUUCAAUCGAUGCGCUUCAAAGAUUUACCCAUCUAUACGGCUGCGUUUCACACCAGUGGCGAUCAGAUCGUAUUAUCAGGACGACGAAAACAUUACUACAUAUAUGAUGUCCAAUCGGGAGCGGUGGACAAGUGUCCCGGUAUCUGGGGACGCGACGAGAAGUCACUGGAGAAAUUCUCUAUCAGUCCGUGUGGCAAAUACAUUGCUUUCCUGGGUAACAGUGGACACAUCAUUCUGGUCAGCUACCUUACGAAACAAUGGAUCGCCAAUCUUAAGAUGAAUGGAACCGUUGUGAGUGCUGACUGGUCGUCGGACGGACGUUAUUUAUUCGGUAUUGGAUCGCUCGGUGAAGUAUAUCAGUGGGAUGUCGGUCAACGUGAAUGUGUCAAACGAUGGCAAGAUGACGGUAGUCUUCGACCCCACAUCAUCCGCGUGAGCCGGAAUGACAAGUUCUUCGCCACAGGAUCUCCUUCGGGUAUUGUGAAUUUAUACGAUCAAUCAGUAUUACAAAGUGACAUUACACGGCCGAAGCCGAUCAAGGCGAUCGGCAACUUGACCACGACCGUCUCCGAUAUCCAGUUCAAUCACGAUUCUCAACUAAUGGCUAUAUCAAGUGCGCGCAAGAGGAAUUCAUUCAAACUUGUUCAUCUACCCUCUGCCACCGUCUUUUCCAACUGGCCUACCGACCGCACUCCUCUGGGCGCGGUCACCGCCUCUGCAUUUUCUCCCAACAGUGAUUAUCUGGCCCUUGGCAAUCGUCAGGGACGUGUCGUGCUUUAUGGCAUCAAACAUUACACAUUGCAACAAUAA